UGUAUGCAAGACGUUUUCCAGAGAUGAUUGGCUCGAUAAUUUCAGAAUGUCCCAGUCAACGUUCAAUUUCUUGUGCACUGAGCUAAGAACGUCUAUUCAGAGAAUUGACACAAAUAUGAGGAAAGCUGUGCCUGUUGAGAAGAGGGUUGCUAUCACACUGUGGUAUCUGGCCACCAACUCUGACUAUCGCACCAUUGGGCAUCUGUUUGGAGUGUCUAAGGCAACUGUUUGUAUUGUUGUCAAGGAAGUUUGUGCAGCUAUUGUUGAUGUUUUGAUGCCUAGGUGUGUUCGUAUUCCAACAGGUCACGAUCUAAGAACAGUUGUUGAUGGAUUCGAGAAUGAUUUUGGGUUUCCGCAAUGUGCAGGUGUGGUUGAUGGUACACACAUUCCAAUUGUGUCACCUGAAUAUUGUCCGGCCGAUUAUUACAAUCGAAAAGGAUGGCACUCUGUCAUUUUGCAAGGCACGGUAGACAAUGCUGGGAAGUUCACAAACAUUUACAUAGGAUGGCCGGGAAGAGUGCAUGACGCCAGAGUGUUUGUAAACUCAAGUUUGUAUAUGAAAGGUCAAGGCGGUACACUGUUUCCUGAUUGGAAGCAGACUAUCUGUGGCCAAGCUGUUCCACUGUUGGUGCUUGGUGAUCCUGCGUACCCUCUCCUUCCAUGGUUGCUAAAGGCUUUCAUUGAUCAUGGCUCAUUGACAGCUGAGCAGAAACUCUUUAACUACAGGCUAAGCAAAGCCCGUGUUAUUGUUGAACAUGCAUAUGGGAGGCUAAAAGGUCGAUGGCGGUGUCUCCUGAAGAGAAAUGAUGUUUUAAUUAGGGACGUGCCUUAA